UUAUUUCGCCCUACCAGUCUCAUAGUUCGAGCAUAUUUAUCACCUACUUCACAAGUUUCGAUCUCUGCCCGCGUCCAGUGCGAUUUUUAUUGUCAAUUACGCCUUAAAAAGCCCUUCAAAAGUGAUAUAAGCCUAUUUAUCCAGUGAAGUGAGUGCCAACAAAUCGAAAGUGACACUAUCAGUCCGUUGCUGAUCAGAGCACGGUCGUCGAAAUCUCCGGCCCCGGUAGUAAAAGUAUCUUCCCUUUCACUCGCCGCGCUGCUGCCGAUCGGUCGAUCCGGUCAGUGUAUUUAUUCCGCCCUCUGAUCGUUUCUAUGCUUUGCGUCGGAGCCCCGAACGAGACAUUCCUAUCUAUAAGUGCAACUAUUUCACCAUAAUGACCGGAUGGGACAAUCGCGAUGAUGGAAGAUGUCACCGGCAGCGGCAAGCCGUGGGCCGAAAUCAUCGGAUCGCCUGGAUUCGAUGGACGCUAAUUAUGCUAAUUUUGAUCGUCGGCCAAUGUGACUCCCAGCUGGGCCGGCGUCGAAAUAGGAACGAGCGAUGUCCGAAGGUUCGUGCCAUGCGUAACUUCGAUCUCCCGUCCAUGAUGGGCUUCUGGUACGUCAUCCAAUACUUCGCCUCUUCGGAAACCCUUCCGGAAUACUCCUGCAUGCACAGCUCGUUCGUCACCUCGGACGGGUUGAUCACAAUGAACUUCACCUACUUCUUCUCGGACGAUCCCCUGCGGAACUUCCAGCAGGGCAACAUCACCUGGGUUAUUCCGAACUUUGCUCAACCGGCUCACUGGAUCCACGCCGAAUGGACUUACGAGGAAAUCUACAACACGUACGUCAUCGAUACCGACUACCGAUCGUGGGGCCUGAUAAUGCACUGCGCCGAGAAGACCAAAUCGCAAAAGUACCUAUCGGCGCUGAUGUUAUCACGGACGCCCACACUGACGCCGAAUGUUAUCAAUUUCCUACGGGAGAAGUUGCCCCGAUACGACAUCGAUCUGAGCUACAUGUUUGCCAUUCCGCAGAAGAAUUGCACCCACCUGGAGAUGGAUCCGAAGGCUUACUUUAAAUAUGAAACGGUUUAGUGUAGAUGGAUCCAAUCCGAUAUAUAACUACUUAUUCAUAGCUAUAAACUAAUUAUUAAAUGUAAUCAACAGCAAAAUACGAACAUAAAUGUAAAUAUUAAAUAAUACCCACAUCAAAUUGAA